AUCCAGAAUCAUGUUCUCAAAGAUUUUCAAAGAUCAGUUAGCCGAGAGAAGAAGUUACAUCCUGUUACUGCAGACUUUUUGAACGAAAAAAACGGUAGUAAAGCCGCUAAGAUAUAUGUCGCUGGAGCAGAACUCAACUCAAUCAGAGAACGCUUGAAUGGAAGUAAAAAGAAACAAUACGCGUUUGUUUUGAAAGUGGAGUGGUCCGGCGGCUCGAGUUGUAACAUCUGGCGGAGCUACAAUUAUUUCUUUGAGUUUCAAUGCAGGUUAUUGGAUUCUUUUCCUGCGGAAGCCGGCUCAGUUAGAGGAUUUGCAAGGAUUAUUCCCUACCUCCCAGGUGUGGUAACACACCCGAUUAUUUUUAGUUCGGAUAAACCCAAACAGUUCCGAGAGGACACGGACAUGUUUUCACAUGGACCUAUUUUUUUACUUUUAGGGAGAAAAAUCUUGAGGAAAAAUGACUUAGCUCCUGCAGAAGAACGAAGAUCGGACAUAGAAAGUUACGUUAAAAUUUUGAUCAAACUUCCACCGAAGAUUUCACAGAGCAGUGUGUUCUUUUGCCAAAGAAGGGGCACAGAUCCAGAACGGUAUCUGCAAUUCCCCCAAAGAAUUGAUAGACUAAGUGGUGAUGAAGAGACAUGCACUUCAUUCAGUGACGUUUCUAGUAACCAGGAAGGGAAGAAUACACGACAAACCAAUGAUUUGCUCAAAACUAACCAAGGAAAAGAAGACUACGCCGAAGUUAGCUACACAAAUCUCACAUUCGAGGCAUCGGGAAGUAUGGAAAGAGAGGGGCCAGUCAAAAGCUAGGUACCCUGGUAAUUACUACUCCAUAAAUGCUACAAGUUCCAUAUAAUUCCAAAGGUCAACACAUUUUACUUACUAAUAAAAUGUUUGAGAUGGAUAACAGAGAGAGAGGGAGAGAGAGAGAGAAAGUACAGGGACCACACAGCAGUCUCAGUAGUCAGGGAAACAGCUGCCUGUUUCCAGGUUUCCACUUUCCCCUUGUUUUUAAUUACUGAAAGCCUAGCACAGGCUGAUUAACAAAUAAUCAUAUUCACAACGUUCAAUCAGUUUUAGUAUGUUCUUUUCAAAAUGAAUGUUAGCCACUUCCAGCCCAUUUUGAAGCUGUCCAAUCUGUCAUUCCCAAUACUACAUUAGUUAAUGCAGCUGUCGGUAAAUUUGAUCCAUACAGGAUUAAUUUUAUCUCAGUAAAUUUGAUCUGUACAGGAUCAAUUUUAUCUUCGUACCUGUGUUGCAUAUGACAUUAUGAAGAAGAAAUAGAGGACAAGAUUGUUGAAUAACAAGUUGAGAAAAAGGUCCCUCUGGGAUUAUCACAGUUUGUUUAGUAAUAAUGGAAAACAUUUAGCGCAUUAAAUAGGGAAUUACAGUGACUUUAAAAUAAAUUCCUUUAUUUGGUUCCCAAGAGUCUGACAGGAAAAUAAACAGAAAAUUUGUUCUAAUCAUAAUAAUUGCAGUUCAACGUCUAUUGACUAUAAUAAAAAGAAAUUAUAUACAAAUGACUCACAGGUCAUUUUUGUUUGGGUGAGUUUUUUUGGCAUCAAAACUAUACAGUUAAUGUUGACCAUAACUAGAAUCAAGCAAUAAAAUGACACAAGAAUGAGAAGCAAACUUUAAAGGAAAUAUCUCAAUGAAGUUUGAAUUUAGAGUCUAUUAUGUGAACCAAGUAGCAUGAAAUUGAGGUGAAAUUAAUUUUGCAGCUUGGUGACAUUUUAGUCCUUUGUAGCCACAAAUUUUUGUGCUUCAAGAAAACUGAAAUUUCAGCUAGGAACUUAUGUUUGUGAUUUUAAAUCCAGGCAGUAGAUUCCAUGGAAAGAAAUAUUAUAUGUUCAUAUUUUCAAACUUGUCAAGUUGUUCAUAGGGAAACUACAUAUUUAUAGUGGAUUCAUGAACAGAUAGUUUGUAAAGUUCUGCUAUGAAGAAUAGAGUGACACUUUGUUUGUAAGUGAAGUUUUUCAUUUGACUUGUUCUCAUAAAUUUCAAAGUAUUUCAAUUUUUGAGAACAAGUUUUCAGCAGAACAAGGACACCCUUAAAAUUUUCAUGCUACAAAGCCAUAAAACAUUACCUUUAAUGAAUGACACUCCUUAAAAUAAUAGUUUUAUAAGAAAGAAAUUUCCAGAAAGGUAAGAAGACAAAAAAAAUGAAUGAGUAUGGGUAUAGAUGGUAUACUUCACUAAACAAGAAUUUCCAAUGGCAAACUUGAAAAUAUUUGGAUAGAUUUUUAAGGUUGCAAAAGAAAUGAUUUCCUGAACAAGGAAUUAGAAUUUUGUUUAAUAUUUAAUUGUCAAUAAAAUGUGUUUACUCUA